CGCGAUAACACGCACAGGCAGCAGCUGGUAGAGAAGCGGAGCCGGGAGGAGAGCGCAGUCCGCAAAACCCAAAAACUUCAACACUCAUCAGUUGAAGGAUUUUAGGGUUUUGUCAGCGAGCAGCGUCAGCCUUCUAUAUCUUAUAUUUCUGCUCACUUUUUUGGUGUAACGACACCGACGGAAAUAGAGAUAUAAAUAAAAAAAAUAGAGUUGUGUGCGCGGUAAAUCGUAAACUAGCUGUUAGCGUUAGCAUUAGCAUUUAGCGUUAUCAUUAGCUUAGCCGAGCAGCACCGCGCCUCGCCUCACAGCACCGCAACGCACCGCACCGCACCGGGGGACGGAAUGGAGCUGAUAACAAUCCUCGAAAAAACCGUCUCUCCAGAUCGGAAUGAGCUGGAGGCAGCACAGAAGUUUCUGGAGCAAGCUGCCAUUGAGAAUUUGCCUACGUUCCUGGUGGAGCUGUCGAAGGUGUUGGCGAACCCGGGGAACACGCAGGUAGCCCGAGUCGCCGCCGGCCUGCAGGUGAAGAACUCUCUCACAUCUAAGGACCCGGACGUGAAAGCGCAGUAUCAGCAGAGAUGGCUGGCCAUCGACGCCAACGCUCGCCGCGAGAUCAAGAACUACGUGCUGCAGACUCUGGGCACGGAGACGUACAGGCCGAGCUCCGCCUCUCAGUGCGUGGCCGGGAUUGCGUGUGCAGAGAUCCCGGUCAGUCAGUGGCCGGAGCUGAUUCCCCAGCUGGUGGCGAACGUCACUGACCCGAACAGCACCGAACACAUGAAGGAGUCCACGCUGGAGGCCAUCGGAUACAUCUGUCAGGACAUCGAACCAGAGCAGCUCCAGGACAGCGCGAAUCAGAUUCUCACCGCCAUCAUCCAGGGCAUGAGGAAAGAGGAACCGAGCAACAACGUCAAAUUAGCAGCCACCAACGCUCUGCUCAACUCUCUGGAGUUCACUAAAGCCAACUUCGACAAGGAGACGGAAAGACACUUCAUCAUGCAGGUCGUCUGUGAAGCCACACAGUGUCCAGACACCAGGGUGAGAGUGGCUGCGUUACAGAACCUGGUGAAGAUCAUGUCCUUGUAUUAUCAGUACAUGGAGACGUACAUGGGCCCUGCGCUGUUCGCAAUCACAAUUGAAGCCAUGAAGAGUGACAUUGAUGAAGUUGCUCUGCAAGGAAUUGAGUUCUGGUCCAACGUGUGUGACGAGGAGAUGGACUUGGCCAUCGAAGCCACGGAGGCAUCGGAGCAGGGCCGGCCGCCGGAGCACACCAGCAAGUUCUACGCUAAAGGAGCUCUGCAGUACCUGGUGCCCAUUCUCACACAGACCCUCACGAAGCAGGACGAGAACGACGAUGACGAUGACUGGAACCCGUGUAAAGCGGCCGGCGUGUGUCUCAUGCUCCUGGCCACGUGCUGCGAGGACGACGUCGUGCCUCACGUCCUCCCCUUCAUCAAAGAGCACAUCAAACACCCGGACUGGCGCUACAGGGACGCUUCUGUCAUGGCGUUCGGCUCCAUCCUGGAAGGACCUGAACUUAACCAGCUCAAACCGCUAGUCAUCCAGGCCAUGCCCACCCUGAUCGAGCUGAUGAAGGACCCCAGUGUGGUGGUGAGGGACACCACGGCGUGGACGGUGGGACGAAUCUGUGACCUGCUGCCUGAAGCUGCCAUUAACGAGCUGUACCUGAAUCCUCUGCUGCAGUGCCUCAUCGAGGGGUUAGGGGCCGAGCCGCGCGUCGCCUCCAACGUCUGCUGGGCGUUCUCCAGUUUGGCUGAAGCUGCGUAUGAAGCCACUGAUGCCGCUGAAGAUCAGGAGGAACCCAGCACCUACUGCCUCUCCUCUUCAUUCGAACUCAUCGUACAGAAACUUCUGGAAACCACAGACAGGCCGGACGGACACCAGAACAACCUGCGCAGCGCGGCGUACGAGGCUCUGAUGGAGAUAGUGAAGAACAGCGCUAAGGACUGUUACCCUGCGGUGCAGAAAACCACUCUGGUCAUCAUGGAGCGCCUGCAGCAGGUUCUGCAGAUGGAGUCUCACAUCCAGAGCACGUCAGACCGAAUCCAGUUUAACGAUCUCCAGUCUCUGCUCUGUGCCACACUGCAGAACGUUCUGAGGAAGGUGCAGCACCAGGACGCUCUGCAGAUCUCUGACGUGGUCAUGGCGUCUCUCCUGCGCAUGUUUCAGAGCACAGCCGGCUCCGGAGGAGUGCAGGAGGACGCCCUCAUGGCUGUUAGUACUCUGGUAGAAGUUUUGGGCAGUGACUUCCUGAAAUACAUGGAUGCCUUCAAACCAUUCCUGGUUAUUGGACUGAAGAACUAUCAGGAAUAUCAGGUGUGUCUGGCCGCUGUGGGUCUGGUGUGUGACCUGUGUCGAGCCCUGAUGGCCAACAUUCUGCCUUACUGUGAUGAAAUCAUGCAGCUGCUGCUGGAGAACCUGGGCAAUGAGAACGUGCACCGGUCCGUGAAGCCGCAGAUCCUGUCCGUGUUCGGUGACAUCGCUCUGGCCAUCGGAGGGGAGUUUAAGAAAUAUCUGGAGGUGGUGUUGGACACACUGCAGCAAGCAUCUCAAGCACAAGUGGACAAGACGGACUACGACAUGGUGGAUUAUCUGAACGAGCUGCGUGAAGGCUGUCUGGAGGCGUACACAGGAAUCAUUCAGGGCCUCAAAGGAGACCAGGAGAACGUUCACCCGGACGUGAUGCUGGUGCAGCCGCGUGUGGAGUUCAUCCUGUCCUUCAUCCACCACAUCGCUGAGGAUGAGGAUCACUCUGACGGAGUAGUGGCCAACGCUGUCGGACUCAUCGGUGACCUGUGCACAACAUUCGGUAAGGACGUGAUGAAGCUGGUGGAGGUUCGUCCUCAGAUUAACGACCUGCUCACCGAGGGACGACGAUCCAAAACCACCAAAACCAAAACUCUCGCCACGUGGGCCACCAAGGAGCUCCGCAAGCUCAAGAGUCAGGCCUGAUCCAUCAUCUCCGAGGGGAACGUUAACACACCGUGAGAGAAGCGGCCGAGUGGAGUUGUGUGUUUUUGGCCCGCGCGAGUGGGAGCAGAAGAGUGUGUGUGUGCGCUGAGCUGAGUGUCUGAGAGUGAGUGAGCGAGAGAGAGAGAGAGAGAGAGAGCGAGUGAGCGAGCGAGUGAACGAGUGAGCGUGACAAAUGAGAUCACACCACCUUCUGAGUGAAGAUUCCAGCAGUCGAAAAAGGAAGAAGGCUGAUCAAUAAAUAAAAACAGCAGCCCCUCCCUUUUCCUCUCCUCUUCUCCCCCCCUCCUCCUCCCUGUAUAUCCCUCCAUCCUGAACCCCGACACUCCUCCCUCUCUCCGAACUCCCCGAGCUCCUUUUCUCCUUCACCUGUGGACUCAGUAUGGACAACAUGAACUGGAUUAGCUUCCUAGCUCCUCUGUAGGCUCUUACUAUAAACCGUGAAUAAUCAACCGAGGGAGGGGGCGGAGCAACUGCCCAAAACGGACUACUUCACUCAUUCAGCGGAUCUGUGAAGCCCCUCCCACUCCCACUCCCCCCUCCCCACCUUCUUUUCUUUUACUUUCUCUUUCACUUUAUAAGCACUAUGAGUUUCUGACUUGACGAGGACACGGGGAGGGGAUCGAACAUCACAAAAACAUGGCUGCUGGAGUCCAAGAUGGCCGACUGAGAGUGUGUGUGAGUGAGGGAGGGGGUUUCGCUGUCUCUACCCCGCCCCCUCUCACCCCCUGGCCCCUCCCUUUUCUGUUCUUUCAGCUUGAGAAAUAAACGUAGCUCUUAACGCUGUAUUUCUGCGUAUAAUUACCAGAGGGAGACGAUUGGCUUUUUUUUUUUUUUUUUUUUAAACAGCACUUCAAAAAAUACAGCUGCUCUUCCCUGAAAUCACUGAAAUGUUCACUUUUUUUUUUUUUUUUUGUUUUUACUUUUCAGUACAUUUCUGUGUGCUUUUGUUUUUUUUCCCCCUUGUCAUCGAUGUGGGCUCUGAGUUCCAGACUUUUCUCUUCAGUCGGCUCGGCUGAGAGAGAGACUCGAGGUUUAUCGCUUGUUUUGAGCACUUUUGGGACGUACACGAAGGGAUCGACGACUCGAAGGUGAAAGCACCCAAUUCACACUUUUAAAAUUACUGCAGGAAAAAAGUGCCAAAAAUAAAAUGGGAAAAAAAAAAAAUCAAUGAAUGAACCAGGCUUAAAAUUUCUUCUGGUUUGACGCGUCGUAGAGAAAAAGAGAGAG